AUGGUUAGUGGUUUUCUAGCUAGCGACAGGAGCAGUGUGCAGCUAUAUGAAGACAGUGUGCAGCAAGCUGGAGACAGUGUACAGCUAGCUGGAGGCAGUGUACAGCUAGCUGGAGACAGUGUACAGCUAGCUGGAGGCAGUGUGCAGAUAGCUAGGAGCAGUGUACAGCUAGCUGGAGACAGUGUACAGCUAGCUGGAGGCAGUGUACAGCUAGCUGGAGACAGUGUGCAGCUAGCUGGAGGCAGUGUACAGCUAGCUGGAGACAGUGUACAGCUAGCUGGAGACAGUGUACAGCUAGCUGGAGACAGUGUACAGCUAGCUGGAGACAGUGUACAGCUAGCUGGAGACAGUGUACAGCUAGCUGGAGGCAGUGUACAGCUAGCUGGAGACAGUGUGCAGCUAGCUGGAGACAGUGUACAGCUAGCUGGAGACAGUGUACAGCUAGCUGGAGACAGUGUACAGCUAGCUGGAGGCAGUGUACAGCUAGCUGGAGACAGUGUGCAGCUAGCUGGAGGCAGUGUGCAGAUAGCUAGGAGCAGUGUACAGCUAGCUGGAGACAGUGUACAGCUAGCUGGAGGCAGUGUGCAGCUAGCUAGGAGCAGUGUACAGCUAGCUGGAGACAGUGUGCAGCUAGCUGGAGACAGUAUACAGCUAGCUGGAGACAGUGUGCAGCUAGCUGGAGACAGUGUGCAGCUAGCUGGAGACAGUGUGCAGCUAGCUGGAGGCAGUGUACAGCUAGCUGGAUACAGUGUGCAGCUAGCUGGAGACAGUGUGCAGCUAGCUGGAGGCAGUGUACAGCUAGCUGGAGACAGUGUACAGCUAGCUGGAGGCAGUGUGCAGAUAGCUAGGAGCAGUGUACAGCUAGCUAGGAGCAGUGUACAGCUAGCUGGAGGCAGUGUGCAGCUAGCUGGAGACAGUGUGCAGCUAGCUGGAGGCAGUGUACAGCUAGCUGGAGGCAGUGUACAGCUAGCUGGAGACAGUGUACAGCUAGCUGGAGGCAGUGUGCAGAUAGCUAGGAGCAGUGUACAGCUAGCUAGGAGCAGUGUACAGCUAGCUGGAGGCAGUGUGCAGCUAGCUAGGAGCAGUGUACAGCUAGCUGGAGGCAGUGUGCAGAUAGCUAGGAGCAGUGUACAGCUAGCUGGAGACAGUGUACAGCUAGCUGGAGGCAGUGUGCAGCUAGCUAGGAGCAGUGUGCAGCUAGCUAGGAGCAGUGUACAGCUAGCUGGAGACAGUGUACAGCUAGCUGGAGGCAGUGUGCAGCUAGCUGGAGGCAGUGUACAGCUAGCUGGAGACAGUGUGCAGCUAGCUAGGAGCAGUGUGCAGAUAGCUAGGAACAGUGUGCAGCUAGCUGGAGACAGUGUACAGCUAGCUGGAGGCAGUGUACAGCUAGCUGGAGACAGUGUACAGCUAGCUGGAGGCAGUGUGCAGAUAGCUAGGAGCAGUGUACAGCUAGCUGGAGACAGUGUACAGCUAGCUGGAGGCAGUGUACAGCUAGCUGGAGACAGUGUGCAGCAAGCUGGAGGCAGUGUGCAGCUAGCUGGAGGCAGUGUGCAGCUAGCUGGAGGCAGUGUACAGCUAGCUGGAGACAGUGUGCAGCUAGCUAGGAGCAGUGUGCAGCUAGCUGGAGACAGUGUACAGCUAGCUAGGAGCAGUGUACAGCUAGCUGGAGGCAGUGUGCAGCUAGCUAGGAGCAGUGUACAGCUAGCUGGAGGCAGUGUGCAGCUAUGUAGGGACAAUGUGCUGGCACUAAUAGCUACCGGCAGCGGCAUAGAAUUCCUGUUUCCUAAUGGGUCAUCCGAAAAUGACGUCACGCUAUCUCAGACCUCUUGA